AACUCGGCCGGGAAAAGUUCGGGCAAAUUUCAAGAAGCGGCUCUAGACAGCUAAAUUGUUGAAAAUACAGUCCAAGAAAUCGCAGUCCAUUGGCAAUUCUCAUGUUUAAACAAACAAAAAAGUGAAACAUAAAAAUUUAAAAAUCGGAAUUCUGACUUUAUUGAUAAAUUCAGCAAUAUCCGUCAAGCGAAAAUACAAGACAAAAAAUAAAAACGGACGAGUUGGAAAAAACCAGCGGAGGUUCAAUAUUUUUUCUGUUCGGGCGUAUUGUUUGAGUCUCGUUUUUGGAGAACUGCAGGCGUUCAAAACACGGAAUCGAAAUCGAAUAAUAAAUAAAAAUAAAAUCUAAAACUCGCGAGUCAAAAGUGUAAUUCGUCGCAGCAACGGUAAAUCAAAAGGCAAUCGCGAUUUUUGUUGAAUGAAUGGAAUAGCAAGCAAACACAAAUCCCGCUAAAUUAAUCAAAUUCAAUUGCAAGUUAUUGUAACCACUUAAAUCGUAAUAAUUAGCAUUGCAGAAAAAUAAAUGCUAAAGUGUUUAACAGUUUAACAAAAAGCUAACAAAGAAAUAACAGGAAAUUCGGUGAUUUGGUGUGCAAUAAGUUGAGAAAACCAGAAACCAAAACAGAGAGCUCCGGAGAUUAAAGACGAAAGAAGUUUCGAAAUCUUCAUGUUUGCUAAGAACAUAUAGUGAGAAACUGUCCAUCUCAAGAAAGUGUAAUUUUUAGACGUCUUGAGAAAUUGCGCAAGAGUAAACCUUUUUGUUUUCGGACAAGUUGGCAACCAACAACCAAAACAAAUGCAAAUGUGCGCCCCAAAGACAUAUUACCCCGAAAGUUAUCAAUAAUUGUUUGCCGGAAGAGGAGAUACAACUCAACCAGUUAAGCACAGCGGGCUCAGGGUGACUGUUCUUUGUGGAUACGUUUCUCUUUUUGGAUAAAAUCGACAAUACAGCAAAGUCGGCACAAUGUUGGAUCGAUGCGAAAUGCCGAUCCAGCUGGACAACGAAAAGUUGCGACGAGAUGCUCGUUUGUCGGGCUCUCGACUGGACUUGCCACAGCUUUUCAAUGGCACGCGACGUUUGGAUGGCCAUAACAACCAUGUGGCUGCCAACGAGCAAACUGUUACCACCACAUCCCUAAAUGGCAAUGGGAACAGCAAUGGCAACAGCAACAUCAAAAGCAACAACAAUAAUAUAGGAUCACCCGUCUCCUCAUCGACAACAAAUAGCAGUAAUGGCGGCAAUGAGCGCGGCUCCUCCACAAAAUCCAACAGCAGCAGUGGAAGUGGGAGCUCGGGAAACUCGGCCAGCAGCACAGGAAGUGCCGAGCCCAAAUGCAACACGCCCAUGACACAAUCUGAGCUGGUUAAGAAGUUCCGCAACUAUCUAACCGAUCUUGAGUUCGAAGAGCUGAAGGUCUACAACGAGGUCUGGUAUUUUGGCCAGCACGCCAGCAAGAACUACAACAAACCCGCCCCCACAGCCAACACCACCAAUAUGGGCUAUGACGAUGAUAAUGGCAACUACAAGAUCAUCGAACACGAUCACAUAGCCUUCCGUUACGAGAUUCUGGAGGUAAUUGGCAAAGGCAGUUUUGGCCAGGUCAUCAGGGCUCUGGACCACAAGACCAACACACACGUGGCCAUCAAGAUUAUAAGGAACAAGAAGCGCUUCCUAAACCAGGCAGUCGUCGAGCUCAAUAUCCUCGAUGAGCUGCGCGAAAAGGAUGCAGAUGGAUCUCACAAUGUUAUACACAUGCUCGACUAUACAUAUUUCCGCAAGCAUUUGUGCAUUACCUUUGAGCUAAUGAGCUUGAACCUUUAUGAAUUGAUUAAGAAGAACAACUACAAUGGAUUCAGCAUGAGUCUCAUACGACGCUUCUGCAACUCGAUUGUGAAGUGCCUGCGUUUGCUCUACAAGGAAAACAUCAUUCACUGUGAUCUCAAGCCGGAAAACAUCUUGCUCAAACAGCGUGGUAGCAGCUCUAUUAAAGUCAUCGACUUUGGCAGCUCAUGCUACGUGGAUCGCAAAAUCUAUACGUACAUCCAAUCGAGAUUCUAUCGCUCCCCGGAGGUGAUUCUCGGCCUGCAAUACGGCACCGCCAUCGAUAUGUGGAGCUUGGGCUGCAUUCUGGCCGAGCUGUACACCGGAUUCCCUCUCUUCCCCGGCGAGAACGAGGUAGAGCAGCUGGCCUGCAUCAUGGAGGUGCUGGGACUGCCGCCCAAGGUGCUCAUCUCGGUGGCCAGGAGGCGCCGUCUGUUCUUUGAUUCUCGUGAUGCUCCGCGCUGCAUAACCAACACCAAGGGACGCAAACGAACGCCGGGCAGCAAGUCACUGGCACAGAUUUUACACUGCCAGGACCGCUACUUCAUUGACUUCCUACAGCGAUGCUUGGAAUGGGAUCCUGCGGAGAGGAUGACGCCGGAUGAGGCGGCCCACCAUGAGUUUCUGCAGCCCUCCACCUCCAGUCGCCAUCGCAGCUGCCGCAUGUCGAGCAGUUCUUCCAGCUCCGGUCUAAAUAGUGUUUCCCAGAAGUCUUCCUGCUACAGCUUUUCGGAGAUCUCGCCGGGCACCAAUGGCCCAGUGGUAGCCUCGAUUACCAGCACCACGGCGGUGCACAAUGCAGCGAUUGCCACCACAACCAAGUCGAGACAACAGCCGCCGGGCCAGAGUCACGGUCAUGCCCAAUCUAAUGGACACCUGCCCGAUAUCAAGUUGAGUGCCAGCGACAAGUACAACAGCAUGCAGAAAGUGGCGGUGCGUUCGAAGAUUACGUCGAGUGUUUCGGAUCUGGAAUCUGUACAGCAAUACUCCUUGCACCGCAUCUAUGGAGGAGUCGGAAGUGGCAGCACCCAUCACGUUUCAUCGGCGGCCACCAGGAAGCAUCUGAAUGGCACCGGAAGUGGAAUUGUCGGUGCCAUGACCUCCAAAUACGGAAGCUCAACGUUGGCGCAUAACCAUCACAAUGUGACGCACCAUAAUGCAUCGACGGCCACAAUAGCCACAACCACACACCACCAUCACCACCAUGGAGCUGGUGGCCAGCAACAACAACAAUCGUCCUCGGGAGCAGCCUCCAUGGCCAUGUCACACUCACAGUCCACCGGCGAUGUCUCCGACAGGGCCAUCUUUGGGCGGGCUUGACUCCGGGCAAGACCAACAAAGUUGGAGCUGAAGAAGUGCAAGCUGGUUAACAUGAUGGACUUCUGGAGCUAGAAGUGGCGUCCACAGCACUGCGCUGAUGUUAAGGAGCGGGAGGAUGAGUAGGCAAAGAUUGAGACGAUGGUGGAUGGGCCUCCUCGCACCUAGGUGUAGUUAUUGUUAUAUGUAAGCUAUGUAGGAACUAAAGUCGUGUGUGAAUUGUAUUUGAAUGCGAGCGCAUUGCUGUUGUACACCCAAUUGCUCCUGAUUCAAAAAUCCCUGCCCACUCGAAAUAGAUGCAACCUAGCUAGGAGGGAAUCCCUUCUUGCAGCACUUUGCAGUAUUCUCAGUUUUUCCCUGAACAACCAUAUUUUAUUUCGCUACUGCCAUAGCUAAAGGUAUUUGCAAUCGUAUUCACACCCUCAAAGAACCCUUCCUGAAAAGUAUUUUCUUCCCUCCAACUACCAAGGUGUUGCAAGUCAUCCUUUUACACUGUAUUCAACAUUAACAAACCUUCAAAUAUAACAAAAAUUAUAAGAAAAACAAAAACAAAACAGAAGCCAGCUCAAAGGAACAAGAUAACCUAGGUAUAGUUUAUUUAGAUAUGGCAUAUACUAAACAUACAUAGUUGUAGACAACAUUUGUAACGAUUCACCCAACGCAUCAACCACUUACCCGAACUCAAAGAUACAUACAUAUUUAUAGGGUUAUUUCAUACAGCUUCCAUGUCUUUUGCAACAGUAUCAAGGCUGUUAUUAGUUACAUAUGCGAAACCGAAAUGUAUCUAUAUAUAUUAACUGUAAUUGUAUUCGUAGUUUAAGAUCUUUUUCGAGGUUCGAUGGCCAAUCAACAUCAUACUACAUCACACUGAAGCAAAUCAGCUCUUUAGUCUACCAAUGCAAGAUGCGUUUGAUAUUCCGACAUGGAAAUGAAUGAACUAUCACCCAUCAAAAAAAAACCUAUCCACACGGAAUACAUGUCAUAAUUUAAUAAAUAAAAAAAAAAACACAUAUAUUUAAUGAACUAUAUAAAUCUAUUUAAACUAGACGGUUAGAGAAACAAGAAAUAUGGCCAAUAUCACAACCGAAUAAUAAACCAACCCAAUAUACAAUAAUUGUAGUGCGCCACCACAUCUAUGUAAACCGUAUUAGUGGAGGCAAAAACAAACAAAACAACAAAUAAAUAAUGUUUUAUUCAAAUUCAAGUUUGUGUAUUGAAAACAGAAGAAGAAGACGAUGACGACGACGACGACGGCUGACAGUUUUAGUAGGAACUUGAGCUGGGUAAGAAGGCUUACCAAAUCCAGACUGUAAUUUGAACGAAGUUUGUAACCUGUAAUCCUGUAAGUUUAGAUAAACACUGUACACAAAUUGCAAUUUUUGCUCAUGACUUUUGGAUAUAUAUCACAUAGGACUACAAUACCUAAGCCUAUAUAUACACACACACAGCUGCGAUCCUUUGGAGCUUGUUUCGUAUUAUUUGUAAAUGUAUUCUCUGCCACUCGUCUUAAUUACAUCUCUGAUACUUUCUUUAUGUGUUUUAUUAUCAAUUUUGACAAAACAAAAAAAACUAAAAACAAAAACAAAUCCAUUUUCAAAACUUGUUUUACAAAGUGUGUUCGAAUUUAACGUUUAGUAUUAAUUAAAGAAACAAUGAAAAAACUUAUAAUUAUAAAAUUAUACGUACAGAUAUAUCAAUUUUAAAUUAAUGAUGCAUAUUAAUUGUAUAGAUCAAGAAAACCAACAUGUAAUCAAUUACAAUUACAAGAAAUACAACAAAAAAAUAUAAAUAAAUUUAAAAACUAUGUACUCAAAA